AUGGAACAAACUUCCUCAGAUUUGGGUCUAAGCUAUCAUUCUUCUCCAAAUUCUAGUACGUUUCAGGGUGGUGCUUCACAAAUAAUUCACGACAAGCCAUACGUGCUGAACCCAUUGUAUGUUCGUCUAAACUGUGACAAGCCUGAGAUGGACUCCGAUUAUUUAGCUGCUAAGCGGAGUGCUUCUAAGGAAUCUGGUUCCCUUUUCCGAUCAUCCCCAAAAAGAGUGAAGUUGCUCAAUUUUAGUUCUUACAGUAAUAAGACACUACUGUUACUUGAGCGACCGACUGCCGAGUCCCGUUUGACUCCAUUUGGUGGCCCCGUUCCGCAGGCAAAUUCAGACAAAUCGGCAUCUAAGAAGCGCGAAAAUCAAGAACGAACCUCGAUUCGCGUCAAGCCAUGCACUCCACGUGAAGAUCAGGUUAAUGAAGGUAGAGUGCCUCUCUGCACUCUCACAGGCGGAUCCUAUUCGAAAAUUACCGACCUUUUAACCGAACCCAUUCCUAAUAAAUUUCCAGUCGGUUCCCAAGUUAAUGGAAAAUCAAUCAACCAAAACGAUGCUCAAAUAUUAUCGAACAACUCUUCUUCACCUUAUACUUGCUCUAAGUGCUCGAAAACUUUUCGCACCAAACUACUACUUACACACCACAACGAUACUCAUGACCCUAGUAAGGGGCAUCGCUGCAGUUUCCCCGACUGCGAAAGGGCAUUUCGCUCACAAAAAUAUCUUGACAAUCAUAUCAAUGAUCAUCAUCGUUCCUCUUCGAAUCUGAAGUGCCCUCACCCUUAUUGCAGCUUUGUUGGAACCAAAAAGUCUGACUUAAAACGUCAUGUUGCAGGUACCCAUAAGUCAACCUCGUUGAAUCAAAGCCCACAUUUCCUCAAAUUCGGUGAUCCACGCAACGAGGUAGGAGAGUGUCUAUCUGAUGAAUUUCUCGAUGAUGCAAUGGAAAUUAUGUCACGAAAUCUUAAAGAGAUAUAUGCAACAAUGCCUGCACUAUCACCGGUCUACACUGUCAACACUUCCCUCGAGGCGAACGCAGUGCCCAUCAAUGGAGAUCACUUCUCGCCUGAUGAAACCAGUUCGACAAUCUCCGCUCCGUCCUUUUCUAACGGAGGCUGUGUGACUGGAGCUGCCAUGACACCUCCGUCUAGCAAUCUCCCAUGCCUCUCACCCGUCUCCUGUUCCUCGCGCGGCUUCGGUCUAUAUCAUUCACAACUCCCUGAUUCCAACUCUCAGUGGCCUCCCCAAGGCACUGUGUCUAACAGCUCAACUGUCAUAUCCGACUCACAAAAUGGUGAGCUUUGUAUACGCGGUUUUGAAACACGACUUUCAUUUUCUAUGUGGUAUUGA